AGCGAGAGCGCACCAUGCUGAAGGAGGGAGAUCUGUGGCUGGACGGCACUCAACUCCUGACAAGCAGGAGACGCGUGACGAGGCUACAAUAGGGUGCAUGGGAGAUCAUUGUUGUUCUUUUUAAAUUUCAGUCAGUUAUCUUAAAACACAAAUGAUCAACAGGCUGCAAAUAACCUCCAAAGACUCCGUGGAGUGGGGAUCUUUUCGUGCGCGCGUAUCCACGUCGUCAGCUGAACGCGGAGCUGCGGGUUUUUAAUGGACUCUUCAGUCAUUACAGGGCUGAACGCGAAUCCAUGCCAAGAUUCAACCAGGAUAUAUAUACACACCGCGCACACAGCCUGGAUGGAUUCGUUUAACGCCAGCGCGAUGGACGCGUUCACGGUGAUCCAUCUGAAUUCCUCCUGGAGCCUGGACAGUGGAUAUUCUUUAGCAGCAAUAGCCAGCAUUGCUGCUCUCGUAAGUUUUCUCAUUCUUUUUACCGUUGUUGGAAAUAUCCUGGUGGUUAUUGCCGUGUUGACGAGCAGGGCGCUGAAAGCCCCACAGAACCUUUUUCUGGUGUCUCUCGCCACCGCGGACAUCCUAGUCGCGACUUUGGUGAUGCCGUUUUCUCUGGCCAAUGAACUUAUGGGCUACUGGUAUUUUGGAAAAGUUUGGUGCGGUAUCUAUCUUGCUUUGGAUGUUUUGUUCUGCACUUCGUCUAUUGUUCAUCUGUGCGCAAUAAGCCUGGACCGGUACUGGUCCGUUACGCAGGCUGUAGAGUACAACCUGAAGCGGACUCCUAAACGCGUCAAGUGCAUCAUCAUAAUCGUGUGGCUUAUAUCUGCUUUUAUCUCAUCUCCACCUCUCAUAUCUAUAGACAGCAACAAUGAUAUCAGCUCUCAGCCUCAGUGCGAGCUGAAUGAUGACACUUGGUACAUCCUCUCCUCCAGCAUCGCGUCCUUCUUCGCUCCGUGCUUAAUUAUGAUCCUGGUGUAUAUCAGAAUAUACCAGGUGGCCAAAACCAGAACCAGAAGCAUGUCAGGAAAAAAUCCCAGGCCAGAUGGUGUUACACAAACUGAGAAUGGACUGAGCAAAGCCACCUCCCCUUUCCAUGGCGAGAAAGAAAACGGUCACUGUCAGUGCCCACCUACGCCCAGCCAACGCACCGUCACCAUCGGACAACAAACUGAGGAUGCUGACAUGGAGGAGAGCUCCUCCUCAGAGGGCAAAGGUCACAAACCUCAGCAACAGGACUCCCAAACAGCCAAGAGGGCCAGCCAAAAGAAGAGCUCCCUCUCCAAACACUCCACUCGCAUCUCCAGAGUCAGUAACAAAUCCAUGGACCUCUUCGCCUCCAGGAGGAAACGACGCCGGAGCUCCUUAGCCAGGAAAAAGGUCUCUCAAGCCAGGGAAAAGAGGUUUACAUUUGUCCUGGCUGUGGUCAUGGGGGUGUUUGUUGUGUGCUGGUUCCCUUUUUUCUUUAGCUACAGCCUGUACGGUGUGUGCAGAGACUCCUGUAGGAUCCCCGACCCGCUCUUUAAAUUCUUCUUCUGGAUUGGCUACUGUAACAGCUCCCUCAACCCUGCCAUCUACACCAUCUUCAACCGGGACUUCAGACGCGCCUUCCAGAAGAUCCUCUGCAAGUCAUGGAAAAAGUCCUUUUAGAUCGGACGCAGAGCUGCUGCUCCACCGUAACGAUCUUGAAGGAAAUAUCAAAGUGAAUAAAAAAAAGAAGAAGCUUGUUUUGCCUAUUCCUGCCCCUCAUUAUUCACUGUUACGUCUCACCGUCCUAUUGUUGUUCAGUCAUGGCAGUACACACCCCCAGCCACCUAUGGGUGUCUCCACAAGCUUCAGCAUUUCCAUUACAGGCUUUUACAGGCUUUACCAACCUGAUUAGUGAGCAUCACCCUUUUACUGUGUGCCGUAAUGUUUUAUAGUGUAUCAUCAUCAUUGACGAAGCUCUUUGUACUCCCACGGCUGGAUUUAUCUGCCAGGGGGCCCCCCAGUUCCUCCCAGCCUCUGUGCAACGUGAACAGUUUUUGUUACGCUUUAUGUGCCAGGACACUACUUGGCUACAUGUUUGCCGUGUUGUACAUUGAUUGAAUAUUAAGUUAAGCAUAUGCAAAAUACAUAAGCACAACACUGAGAUAAUGAUGGUUAUAAAAUUAAUUUUGACAUUUUCUAUAGAGAGAGCUUUAACUGCACAGUUGAGGCUUAUACGCUGUCUUGCUGUGAGUUAGAUGAGAAGCCGGUAGCAAGCAACACGUGUAGAGAGGCCUCAGCACUCCACUCCCUCUUCCCACCAUUUCCUGUCAAUAUCUCCCAGCUGUCCUACCUGAAUAUAGGCUAGCAGCCCAAAAAAAGAUCAGAUGACUGAUACUUUUAUCAUGCUUGUGCUUUAAAUACGUAACUGGAGCAUAAAGACUGGAAGCAAAGAGAAAACACAGAAGAGCUUAAGUUAACUUAAGUUUUUCGCUUUUAAGCUGAAGUCCAGCUGCCCCAACUUAAGCUCGACACCAGUUGACCUGGAUGGACGAGAAUCUACACAGACAAAGAGAAAACAGCCAGCCCGACUCUCUUCAAGGGCAACACAGUCUCCCUCAUUGCACCCCUGAAGCUCACUUUAUAUUCUGCUUGUUUUAUCUGUGGAAAACCAAAGUGGAGCAACGGCAGUCCAUGUCAUGUGCUGGACUUUGUCAGCGGAGUGGAGACCCAGUUAAGAUACUGGUCCUGUAAAACCGCAAAAGUGAUGAUUUUACAUUUUCACAUUUGGCACAGAUUUAACAAACAAGAUACUAAGUGUUAAUUAAUGAGCUUUAGAGGUGUCAGUAGGUGGAUUUUGUUACCUUCAUACAGAGCCAGGCUAUUUGUUGACACUCUUCGGUCUAAGCUGAGCUAAUCAUAUGUUUGCUCCUGCUGCAUAUUCACUGUACAGACCUGAGUGAUGCUGACCUCCUCAUUGAACUCUCUGCAACAAAGCCUGUGUCAAGCCUCAUUUCACCAAAUGGUGUGUGUGUCUUCAGGUUAUCCAAAAGUCUUCUUUGCUUUUCACAUGUCAUUUAACUUAGACCUCAUCAAGCUUUUCUGGUGACUUAGACACAAAUGAAAAGAAUACAGAGAAAACAAAUGUCACGUGACAUACUAUAAAGAGCUACAGAGCCCACACAUGUAGGAGGUUAAAGUGGUGGACACACAGGAUGUUCACCCUGGAGGCCAGCGUUCAUGUCGCAUGUGAAACCAAAAAUUAACUUUUCUUUUGUUUUUCUAAUCUUUUUAUGUGGGAACUCUUGCUAAGCUCAACAGCACUCAUAGCACAGUAUUUUUAUGUACGUUAAAUCAUGUCUUUAAGAUUAGGUGAUAAAGCAGAACAUACUUUAAGGCCCUCACCAUGUCAGUGUUGUGCUUUAGUUCUGAAUAUUUAUGAAAAAGUUUUAUUCCAAAAGGUUCACAUGCUGUGGAGGUCUAGGGGCUACUGGAGUUGUGGGGUCUUGGGGCAUCAGUGGGUUCAGGCCUUUUUCACCAGUUUUCCUUGAAAAUUACUCUUU